AUGGGCACAUCACUGCUGAAAAUAUGGCUUGCCUUUGUCAGCGCAGCCUCUGGCUGUGGGACCCCUGCCGUCCCUCCCGUGGUCACUGGCUACUCCAGGAUAGUCAACGGUGAGGAGGCGGUGCCACAUUCCUGGCCCUGGCAGGUGUCUCUGCAGGACUUCUCUGGUUUCCACUUCUGUGGUGGUUCCCUCGUAAAUCAGUGAUGGGUUGUGACUGCUGCCCACUGCAAUGUGAGAACUUCCCAUCGCGUGAUUUUUGGAGAACAUGAUCCUUCGUCCAAUGCCGAGAUCUUCCAGACCAUGAGUAUUGCUAAGGUUUUCAAACACCCCCACUACAACAGCUUUACAAUCAAUAACGACAUCCUUCUGAUCAAGCUGGCCUCCCCUGCUCAGCUGAGUCCUCGUGUGUCCCCUGUGUGUGUGGCUGAGACCAGUGACAGUUUCCCUAGUGGCAUGAAGUGUAUGACCACUGGAUGGGGUUUGACCAGACACAAUGCUCCUGAUACUCCUGCCCGUCUCCAGCAGGCUUCUCUGCCACUGCUGAUCAAUGAGGAGUGCAAACGCCACUGGGGCUCCCAGAUCUCAGACGUGAUGAUCUGUGCUAGGGCCGCUGGGGCCUCCUCCUGCAUGGGUGACUCCGGUGGUCCCCUGGUGUGUCAGAAGGCUGGAGCUUGGACCCUGGUCGGUAUUGUCUCCUGGGGCAGCAACACCUGCACCACCUCAGUGCCUGGAGUGUAUGCCCGCGUCACCAAGCUCCGCGCCUGGUUGGACCAGACUAUUGCUGCUAACUGAAGCAUCUA